AUGGCUCCGAUCGGUGGAGCGAGGGAUCGCAAUAGUGGCAAGGAAAACUUACAGCCCACCGAACGCGACACCCGAAAACGUGCUGCAGAUAAGUGGGAUAAAUCGCCCACGAGGAAAUCAGUUCGGCUAUCCGAUGAUCCAGUUCGCAGACGAGCUCAAAAAGCUGCACCUCCAGUCAAACCACCCGCGCCUACGGCAGUACCAAAAAAUCCCAACAAAUCGAGGAAGCGGAACUCCGACGAUAUCUCGUUCGAUGAAGGCUCAUCAUUUACCUCGCAAUCGAGUAGUACCUAUACCGAUUCUUUUGGCACCCUGCGACUGAGGAAGCGUGCCAAAAAAUCAAUUGCAUCUCUUCCCACGCCUCCGGGGCUCACUCAGGAGGAAGAAAACGAUCUUCUGCCGCCCUCAGAAUUCCUGAUCCCAGGCACCACUUCAUACCAACCUAACCCGGCCAAGAAGCGUCCUCUGGAUCCAGUUCUCGCGGAGGAUAUCGAAAGGUGUGAGAUGUACGAGGAGUCGUGGCUUUCGGCACAGGAGUCCUCGGUGUCACAGCUCUUGAAUCAUCUGCUCGCGACAUUCUCUCCCACACCGACCGGCAAGAAGAGACUAGCCUUGAGGAAGGAAUUUCUUUUGAUGUACUCUGCUCAGCCAUUCCCCCUCACUUACGGCCGUGUUCAUGCCAGCUUGCUGUAUGGUGCGCUGUCUAUAACACAGUAUGUGCUCAGCGGAAGCUCGGUGGCAAGGACGUUUCGGGUUCCGCCGAAAAAUAGUUUCCCCGUAGCCAGUGGCUGGGGUACCGAUGUUGGUGCGAGAGAGAAAUUCUUGGAGAUAUUCAUGAAGAGCUACGAUCAGUCCGUCUUGAUUACGGCUUUGGAGGUUGUAGUGGGGCGCGAGAUGUUUGCGUACGCUAUGCCGGGCGAGUCGGAGAAGAAGGUUUUGGAGACAUACAUGGACCGGUAUCUCAUAAACUCGGAGGAUAUCCUCUCGACCCAUUUUGAACCGAUUCAGGUGCCUAAAAAGGGUGUCAAGUUAGGAGGAAACGCCAAGGGGGAUGAGGAUAUAGGGACUCCAGCUUGGAUGCUCAGACGGACCAUUCUCAGGAGCUUCAUGCUUAUUUUAUUGCUGGAUAAGGCGAAGUCACGAGGUGCCCUCGGGAGACAGUGUCUCUUCAAGAAGGAAUCAACGCUGAAAUCUUCUUUGGAGGUGUUGCGAGCGGUUUCGAAGUUGCUCAUCCCCUCCCAUGGCGAUAUAUCCAAGCCAAUGAGCCAUCUCAAUUACACUUUGGAGGCCGUCCAAGACCCGCUUUCGGAGUUCGACUACAAGAUUGACAACAUCGCAGUCGACAUGAGAGAUGGUAUCCGUCUCACUAGAGUGGCAGAGGUGCUGUUGCGUUCGAAAGGACGACAAUCAUUAUCCGGCGAGCAGGACGACGAGGAGGAUGACUGGCCCUUGUCUCUCCAUCUGCAGCAUCCAGCCACCUCUCGUGUCCAGAAAAUGCACAACGUUAAUCUUGCGCUGUCGGCUUUGGAUAACGCUGGCGGAAAGCCUCAUCGCAUCGAAGCAAAGGACAUCGUCGAUGGGUACCGAGAGAAGACGGUUGGAUUGUUAUGGGGUCUUUUGAGCCAAUGGGGGCUUGAAUUGCUGUUGGACUGGAAUACGGUCAUUAACGAAACCGCCCGGCUGGAAACAAAGGAAUCUUCAGACAGGGCUAACGACGUCGUUUCUGAUUCUCGGGAUUACGUCGGACUCUUGAAGAACUGGGCGACGUGCAUCGCAGCUAAGCAUGGGCUUGUCGUCACGAAUCUCACGACUAGCUUUGCCGAUGGCAAGGUCUUCACGGCCAUUGUGAGCGAGUACGAGCGAUACCUUCCUUCGUACGCCAAGAGUGGUCCUGCCGCUUCGCUACAGAUCAAGCUCCGGGGAAUUGGAUGCAACUCUUAUUUCGGUGAUUAUCCUAAACUUGAAGUUAUUUAUCGGCUGUGCUAA